AUGUUCGUGCUUAACUGUAAAGCGACAUUUCUAGCCCUUCAUGUUGCAGAGGGAUCUGUAACCUAUACGCCAGCGGGUUGUGACACCCAAGGAGCAAUUACGCAACGAGUCGAUAAGUUGCUUGAAUCUGUAAAAUGGCAUUUGCAAGAUCAAGACGAAGAAAAUGAUGACGAUACGCGUUACGAAAUGUCAGCAACGAAGAAAGUUAAAACAGCUAAAUUUCAUGCCGAUGCCUAA